GAGAGAGAGAAGAGGGAGUGCGUGUGUUUCAAACAGUUCCGUUCCCCCAUCCCCAUCCCGGAGAUCCGCCCGCGCAAGGCGAUGGCGCCGCCGCGCCGCCUCCCCGCCGCCACCCCCGCCAGAUCCGAUUCUCCGCCACUCGUCAGCACUGGUAACAAGGAGAACAUCUCUGAUGCCGGAGGAGCCACCGUCCCGGAUUACUGCCGCCCAGCGCCGUGCCAAGAGGGUGCUGCAUUCUCACCAAACAUAAACAACAAGCCUGCACCUGUCAACUUGAGGAAAAGUAUCGCAUGGAACCCUGCUUUCUUCACCGACCAAGGUGUUUUGGAUAAUUUGGAGCUUUCGCUGCUUACUGGCUCCCAACUGAAGGCAAAUGGGAGUCCUAGGUCUGGGGUUGCUGGUGGUACAGUGUCCCCAUUCUGCCGCUCUGGGAGAUCUGGUACUGCAUGUGUACUCAAGGAAGUUGCAGAGAAUUCGCACGGAAAAUUGCCUGCAAAAUAUCGCACCACGGAAAAACAGGGAAGGAAAUUGUUUUCUUCAGUGAAAACUCCUCAGAGGGACCAACGGAGAGAAUGCACGGAAACCCAAAACAAAGCCUCUUCAAGGAGCAUCCAAAAAUGCAUACCAAGACUACCAUCAGGAUCUAUACAGAAGAAAGUACCAAACUCAUCUUCUGCAGCUCAGAUGUCAGGAAUACCCAAGAAGUCCCAACAUUCUCUUCCUACAGUCCCACGAAGUACCUCAUCCUCGACAACUAUUCUGAAAUCAAACGUAAAAUUAGGUCCAGUUAACGCCGAGCAAAUUCACAGAGUACCUGGGUUGCCACCUAAAUCAAAGAUCAAUUCUGUAUCUUCUGGAUCUGACACGGUGAAGGAUGUGGUGCCUGCUGUUACUGCCUUUCGUGAAGAUGCCAGCGGUUCUGUGGAACGCAAAAAUUUUCUACCAAAUCCACAAAUUAUCCCCUCCAGUUCCUUUGGUGGCCCUGCAUCUAACUUUACUAAGCCAUCAGCACUUCGAAUGCCCUCACCUUCGGUUGGUUUUUUCACUCAGGAAAAUGCUCAUGUGUCAUAUGGCAAUGCUGCUAAAAGAAAUGUGGGAAAUACUUCAUCAGUAGUAAAACCUCCCAGAUAUAAGCAGCCUGAGGAUCUAAAUGGCAGAGUACAUAUAACAAAGCCUCUGUCAACCAAUUGCACAGCUGCUUCCAAUGUGCCACCUGUAAUUAGAGAGAGCAAUCCCAACACCUUGGUGGCUCCAGAAAAGGAAUUCUCAUCAAAAUUUAUUACUAGUAAAUACUCAGCAAAAUCUGGGUAUGCAAAUAACCAAGAAAGGUCAGAUGUUAAUUGCUUAUUGGCUGGAAUUGGAGCUACUAUACAGCCACCAAAUCCAGCAAAGAAUGAUGCUGCCAGAUAUAGCACACCCGUUGUGUACAGUGACACAUCACAUGUAGAAAGAAGGGACAUUUCAAAAGAAGUUGAAUCAUUUGAGAAUUCCUACCCUCUUAAAGGUGUUUGUCCCUCAACCAUUGAACCUGUUGAGGACUCCUCUUUUAAAUCCACUUGUCCCUUAACCAAACCUAUUGUGGGGAGUACAUCAUCGUCCUCUUCCAUUUCUUCUCGAGUAUGCUCCUCCAGUGAUCUCACCUGUCAAAGCAAGUCAGAGAGUGGUUCUGGUGAAUCAAUUUACUUGGGAAACUCUUGUGUUGAAGAGACCACAACUGCAAUUUCUUUGUCCAAAGGUGAAAGUUGCACUCCAGGUCUUGAUUUAUCGCGAGGAUUUGAUUCCCACAAUCACCAGAAUACUGAAUGUGCUGUUUUAAUGGAAUCAGUGGAAUCUACAGUAUGUGCGGAUCAGGCGCCAUGUUGUGGUAGUUCAAAAGGCAAAACACCAGCUCUAGCUGACUGUAAUUCAGAUUUUGGUGAUUCUUUGUGUAAUGAAUCUAAACCUGCUUCAUCAGAAGAACCAAAUGCUGAAGGUGAAAUAGAGCUUGAAACAAAUAAUGCACCAACUGUUGAGGAAACUCUGUCGUUACAUGUGGAGCGUGAGCAUAACCACAAUUACAUGAGCACAGAGCCUUCUCCUAUGAAACUGGAAGCACCUACACCUUGUGUGGAAAGGCAACAUGCUUUAUCAGUAGAACCAAACAUGGAAGACAAAAUGGUGCUUAACGCAGACAAGUUGUCAGCUCUAGAGGGUGCAUCACAAAUAGAAAACGUUAAGGCACUGGACAGAUCACGGACAAAUACAAUCCUUAAAGAUCAUCUGAAGAACUUGGUACCGUUUACAGAAGAAUGGCUUGCUGUCAUGGAGGCUCGUGGGCAGGAAGUUUUGGAACAAAAGACUGGUGCUGUGCAAAAUUCUCCUCCCGACAAGACUGCUCCAGAACCCAGUCCGUGGUCACCGGUUAAACGGAAAGCGCAGGAUGUUGGACCGUUUGACUGUACAAAGUACUCGAAAAGCGUCCGAACAUCUGGUACUCCUUAGCUUUGAACCAUGAAUUAUGGGCUCAUGGCCAUGACGUGGUACAGGAAGAGGCUCACAGUGACUGAUUCUCAUUUUUGCUUUCCUGUCUCUGAUGGAUCCUCCCCUUUUGAUGAUUGUAUAAAAUAGAUAGAUGACCACUGCACGCCACGCCAUGCAUGUAUGUAUACAUCAGUAGUUGCAUUUGCAUUGGGUGGGGUCACCACCAGGAAUAAUUAAGUAGCUGAAGUUUCUUGUUGCAUUGGUGACUAGGGUUCGUCCCAUGCAUCCUCGAAUUAAGUAGCCGCUCUUGGCGUUGGGUUAGUACCUUCCAUACGUUCGCUUUAGCUUAUUCAGUUGGCUUAUCAGCCACCAAACAGUAUUUUCCUCUCACAACAAAUCAGCCGUUUCAGCUUUUCAGCCGGCUUAUAAGCUGAAGCGAACAAUUUCUGAUCGAGGGCAUGCAAAACGGAUGGUGUCGUCCUUGUAUUUUUCAUGAAAUGAGUCAAACAUUCAAAUUGAUUUGCCAUUCAAAUAUCCACUGGAAAUAGUGCAUGGUAGAUGGAUUGAUUAUGCAAACUAAA